CGUAGACCCGUGACAUCAUUGGGCGACCAUGGCUGCCGAGAGCGAUGUCCUUUCUGAAAUUGAAGUGCUGCAGUCUAUCUACUUGGAUGAACUCGGCGUUACUCAAAACGAUGAGGGAGGGUGGACUGUCAGUUUGGUGCUCCAUCCCUCCACUGCAGAAGACUGUCUCUCUCAGUUUGUUCGUCUGACACUCACAAUGGAUCUGAACUCUCAGUAUCCAUAUUCAUCCCCUUAUAUCUCUAUUCACAAUCCACGUGGACUCUCGGAUGAUAAACUACUCAGUUUACAGAAGAGUUUGCAGAUGGAGGCGGAGGAUUGCGUGGGGACACCUGUACUGUACCAGCUCAUAGAGAGAGCCAAAGAAAUCCUGACUGAUAGCAAUAUUCCCCAUGGAAACUGUGUCAUCUGCCUUUAUGACUUUAAGGAGGGUGAAGUGUUCACAAAGACCAGCUGUUAUCACUAUUUCCAUUCUCACUGUCUGGGUCGCUACAUCACCCACUCUGAGAUGGAGCUGAAGGACCGUGAGAGGGAGCUGGAGGAGGAUAAAACCAGAGACCGGACAGAAGAAGAGGAGUUAGCUGUUGUUUGCCCUGUCUGUCGAGAGUCUCUGACCUAUGAUUUGGAUGCCCUCCUUUCCUCCCCUGCUCCAGUUUUCUGUCAGCAGGAGGAUGCGGUCAUCGGUGGGGAAUUUAAAAAGAAAUGGGAAGCCCUCCAGAAGAUUCUGGAGCGACAGAAGGAAAAGGGUGGAGUUAUUGACCCAGAAGCGGAGUCCAAUAGAUUCCUGAUUCACAUUAAUGAGGCUCCUGCUAAUCUAUCCGACACACCAGGUAUAACAGAUUCUUCUGGUGCCGAAUCCUCUCAGUCACUCCCUUCCUCAUCCCCAGAUUCCACUAGCGCAAACCAAACCUCUCAAAAUCACCAAACUGCAGGCCAAUCACAUAGAAAACACACCGUGACUUCAAGAGAGGCCGCAGAGGAAGAGGGAGCCGGGAGAGGCGGACCAGCACGUCACAUGGUGCCUUCACCUGUGGAGCGACUGGGAAAACACAUACAAUCUUCUGAUAAGAUUAAUUCUGCAAACUCAGGCCCGACAAACACCACAUCACAAGUAGAAAGCACAGCACAAAGACAAGCAUGUGAACUCAGUGAUAAUACAGCACAGCUCAGGCAGCCCUUGACCAAUGAAGAAAACAAACCUGUGUCUCAAGACAUGCUGACUUCAGAACCCAAAUGUGGACAAGAAGUAAGCCAAGAAAAGGAGUGUAUUUCUAAAGAAGUGACUCAGACAAUCUUACAGGAAGGACACCCGGAAAGGGAACAUGUGGGUAGAGGAGACAAAACGGGGUAGUCGCUCGCACGGCAUCAUGGACACUGGCAGGACAGGAACUAUAAAGGACCCGGUCACUGGGAAAAUUCUGGGAGCACCGGGCACCGUGGAGGAGCAUAUAGAGCCAGAGAAGGAGGAGCUGGGCGGGGUCAUAGAGGGGGUGGGGCGUAUCGGGGUGGUGGGAGAGUACAUCAGAGAGUGGAGAAAGAGUUUAGGAAAGAGGGAGUGCUCUGACAGUGGGAGAGGGGAGGUGCAGGCAGA